AUGGCGUCCCAGCAACAGCCUACUAUAUCGAUCUCGGCCUCGCCGCACGAAGACCCGGAAAGGAUGCGCAAGGUGAUGAACACACAUAUCGAAAAAGUGUUUGGAGAAUCCGACGUUGCAACCCGCGGCAAGACAAUGGAGCCGCUCUAUCACGAAGAUGUCACCUGGUUUCAACCUGGCGAAUAUUCCGGCGAACAUGCCAUCAUUCGUGGCAGAGAUAAUGUAAAUGCGACUAUUCAAAAGGAACAAGAUCAAUUCCCCGGAUUUUACAUUACGCAUGACGACGAAGGGUACAUUGCAGUUACACAAAACCUAGGUAUUGUGCACUGGAAGUUGGGACCGCGCGAGCAGCCCGAUAUGAUCAAGGCUUGCCAUUAUGUCCUUUUUGAGGAUGGGAAAGUCAAGGCAUUUUGGACAGCGCAUCUGAAAAUGCCUGAGGGGCCGCCGUCCUAA